AUGUCCAUAACUAAGGCCUGGAACAGCUCUUCAGUGACCACAUUCAUUCUCCUGGGAUUUUCAGACCAUCCAGAGCUCCAGGUCCUCCUCUUUGUCACCUUCUUAGGCAUCUAUCUUGUGACCCUGACCUGGAACCUGGCCCUCAUCUUUCUGAUCAGAGGUGACACCCAUCUGCACACACCCAUGUACUUCUUCCUCAGCAACUUGUCCUUCAUUGACAUCUGCUACUCUUCUGCUGUGUCUCCCAAGAUGCUUGCAGACUUUUUCCAAGAGCUGAAGACCAUAUCAUUCCUGGGCUGUGCUGCUCAGUUUUUUUUCUUUGUCGGUAUGGGUCUAACUGAGUGCUUCCUCCUGAGUGCCAUGGCAUAUGACCGGUAUGUAGCCAUCUCCAGGCCCCUGCUCUACACCGCCAUCAUGUCCCAGGGCCUCUGUACAUGCAUGGUGGUUGGGGCAUACAUUGGUGGCUUCCUGAGCUCCCUGAUCCAGGCCAGCUCUAUAUUUCGGCUCUACUUCUGUGGACCCAACAUCAUCAACCAUUUUUUCUGUGACCUCCCACCUGUCCUGGCACUUUCUUGCUCUGACACCUUUCCUAGUCAGCUGGUGAAUUUUCUCGUGGUGGUCACUGUCGGGGGGACAUCAUUCCUCAUCCUCCUCUUCUCCUACAGUUACAUAGUGGCUGCUGUCUUGAAGAUCCGCUCAGGUGAGGGCCGAAGGAAAGCCUUCAACACAUGCACCUCGCACCUGAUGGUGGUGACUCUGUUGUUUGGCACAGCCCUUUUCAUGUACCUGCGACCCAGCUCCCACUACACACUCAGCAGGGACAAGGUGGUGUCUGUGUUCUAUUCGCUGGUGAUCCCCAUGCUGAACCCUCUCAUCUACAGUUUGAGGAACAAAGAAAUCAAAGAUGCCUUGUGGAAGGUGUUGGAAAAGAAGAAAGUGUUUUCUUAG